AUGGGGCGUUGCCUUUAUGAGGCUGGGGAGCCCGCUCACUUCGAGUAUCUGAUGUACCCCUUGCACUCGGCAUCCAUCACCGGUCUAGCUACGUGCAUUCGUAAACCCCUCAUUGCCACCUGUUCUCUGGAUCGAUCCGUUCGCAUCUGGAAUUAUGAAUCAAACACACUGGAGCUAUUUAAGGAAUACCAGGAAGAGGCAUAUACAAUCAGCCUUCACCCGUCUGGACACUUCAUUGUAGUAGGGUUUGCUGACAAACUACGCCUUAUGAAUCUACUCAUUGAUGACAUACGUUCUUUCAAAGAAUACUCUGUCAGAGGAUGCAGGGAGUGUUCCUUUAGCAAUGGGGGUCACCUGUUUGCUGCGGUCAAUGGAAAUGUGAUUCACAUUUUUACCACCACAAGCCUGGAGAACAUCUCAAACCUGAAAGGACACACAGGGAAGGUUCGUUCAGUUGUGUGGAAUGCGGACGACAGCAAACUAAUUUCUUGCGGCACAGAUGGUGCCGUAUAUGAAUGGAAUCUGUCCUCUGGAAAGAGAGAGACAGAGUGCGUGCUGAAGUCCUGCAGCUACAACUGUGUUACUGUCUCCCCUGAUGCCAAAAUUAUCUUUGCAGUUGGAUCAGACCAGACCCUCAAGGAGAUUGCAGACUCUUCGGUCCUUCGAGAGGUUUCAGCAUUUGAUGUCAUCUACACAACCAUUGUCAUCUCACAUUCCGGGCGCAUGAUGUUUGUGGGUACCUCAGUGGGGACCAUUCGCGCGAUGAAGUACCCACUGCCUUUGCAGAAAGAAUUCAAUGAGUACCAGGCCCACGCAGGUCCUAUCACCAAGAUGUUGCUCACCUUUGAUGACCAAUUCUUGCUGACCGUUGCCGAGGAUGGCUGCCUGUUUACCUGGAAGGUCUUUGAUAAGGAUGGUCGGGGAAUCAAGCGAGAGAGGGAAGUGGGCUUUGCCGAAGAGGUGCUUGUUACUAAAACAGACAUGGAAGAGAAGGCCCUGUACGCCUGGCUGCACCCAGUGCCCCACUCAGACUCCCAUGCUCCCUGCACAUUUCCGGCCCACACCACCAUGCUGCUCUCCUCCCUGUGGCUGGAUCUCUUUCCACCCUCAUCCCUGCCCGCCAUCCUGCCCCUGGUCAUCCUGACUCCUACUCUGCUCUACAUUUAG